CAUUAAUAGUAGCUUUUCUCCGUUGGACCCUCUCAAAACCCUAGCCUCCUCCUUCGACCUCCUCUCCAUUGAUCCCCUCGAUUCGAGCCUCGGAGCUUCGUAAUCCAUCGCCGAGCUCUCCAUCCCCUCGAUUCGGAGGAAUUUAAUCAAGUUUUCAUCGUUUUUGGGAGUUAUCUUAUUUUAUUUUAUUUUUUUAAAAAAGGAUGGGGGAUGUUAUACUGGGCAUGCCCGGGCGGUGGGCGGAGAACAACCGUGAGAAAUCCGAUCACUACACCACAAAGAUCGGCGGUUUUCCGGAUUGGCCCAUAAAAGAUGCGGAUAUUAAGCUUGAUUUAGUUCAAUGUAAGUUAUGUGGAGGGAAGCUUUGUCUAAUUGCACAGAUUUACGCGCCUGUUUUGACGCCAAAGUCGAGUAUUGAGGAUCGUGUGAUUUAUGUGCUUGGAUGCCCAUUGCCGGAAUGUGGGAGUAACCCUCAAAGCUGGAGGGCUCUUCGAGUUCAGAAGUGCCAAGAUGAGACGCAAAUUAGCGGUAGCAGUCCAAAAGCAAUGCCUUUGGAAGAAGAAUGUGCGCCUGCUAAAGAACUCAACGGCACAUCCGAGGGGCACUUGUCGACGGAUUGCACUGAAGAGAAUGAUGAUGAAGGCGAUAGUGAUUUAGAUUUGGAGGAUUUGGCUAGAGCGCUCGCAGAAGCUGCUACCCUUGCUUCUCAGUCCAAGAAGCAAAAUGGAUCCAAACGCCCUAAUUCUACUGCGAAAGGACCCGCUGUUAAGCAAAGAGUAGACAACGCAAAUAUGCCAUUUCUGCCUUGUUUUUAUGUAUAUCCGGAGAAGGAGCUGUAUGCAGGGAAAAGUAAUCCAGUUUCUGUUGGCGACUCUGCGAUUUCUAUAAAAGAAAACCAGAGCAAUACGAGUGAUCACGAGGAUGAGGAAAAGUGGGAAGGAGAAAAUUAUGAGUAUGAUAGAGCUUUAGGGGCCGAUCGUACAUAUUUGAAGUUCAAGAAACAGCUGGAUGCAUAUCCUGAGCAGUGCUUUAGGUAUUCCUAUGGUGGUAAUCCCCUGUUGGCCACACCGAACUUACCAAAGCCAGAGACUUGCAAGCUCUGUGGAUCAUUGCGGCACUACGAAUUCCAGUUGAUGCCUCCCUUGCUGUAUUUUCUGCAUCAAGCUGCUGAUGAUUCAUCUGUUUGUUCACCGGAUGAGUGGACUUGGAUGACUCUUAUCAUAUAUACAUGUUCCAAGAGCUGUUGCCCUUCGUUAUGUGCUGAGAAACCUGGGGGCUGUUGCUGGGGAGUUUCAGAGGAGGAGAUCAUCAUUCAAGAUGAUUCCUGAGUUCCUCAAAAAGGUUUUCACAUCUGUAAACAUAACAUUUGGCCAUGUUGUUUUCAUCUGCUUCUCUACGCAUUAUUUUGUAUAGGCUAUUUUGGUUUUCCUAAUGUACAAUAAUUAUAUUUUCCGUCAAAUGAUCAUUAAUUCAUUAUAAUGUACAAUCAUCAUUUUAUUUAACUUUC